UAUUAUUUCCAUUUAACGCAAUUUUCAAAGGUUCCGGACGGCUCCUCCUCCUCCUCCUCCUCCUCCUUGCCGUCGCCAUUUGCGCAGUACAAAAAGCACGCGUCCGAGCAGGAAACUGCGCUUGGGUUUCGUCGCCGUACUCUCCGAUCCCCCCGGAUGACAAGUUGAAGUUUGACCUAUAAAAAAGCCUCGGGACUAGAGGGGGCACGAGAGAGAGAGCGAGAGCGAGAGAGAGAGAGCGGCGGUUGAUACGGACUUUGCUUCUUUUUCAACAGGGUGGCUUUCCUAAUCUUGCUACUUGCUGAAGUAGCGAAUUCGCAUCUGACCGCUGCGACGGCAUGGCCGAGAGGAAAGUGAAUCCAAAUUGCGUAAACGCCACCAAUCCGUAUCACGAGUGCGUCGACGCUUGCUUGAAAAAGAUAUCUGAAGGACAGACGACAAAGAAGUUGAAUAAGAAGAAUUCCGGAUCCUUCAUCCUCUUUCUUCCCAGAAAACUCAGCAUGACCAAGAAGCAGUCGGAUCGAAAGCCCUCUGACGAACCCGUCCUGAAGAAUUUCGACGUCUCCGAUAACCUAUCCGCGAAAGAUCUGUCUUUCAAGAAGGUGGAGUCGUGGGAUGCCGAACUCGUGUUUCCAAAGGCUCGUGUCAAAGCAAAUCAGCUUCGAGAUGCAGGAGAACUCCAAUCUCCUCCUCCUGAGCCUCCGCAAAAGCCCUCAAAGCAUGAAAAAUCUGUUAGACAAACCAAGACCACUACAGAGCUCGAUGAAGACAAGGUGAAUUCCGUUACAAUUGACAACUCUGCAGAACAUGGAAGGGAUGCUGCAUUUGGGUCCAUGGCUUCUACGAUCACGGUUGUCGACCAUCCUUCUGAAGUGAGCGAUGAGGUGAAUGAGCAAGACCAUGAACCCGUUGUUUCUGAUUCCAACAUCCUCGGGAAUUACCGUGUGCAAGAAAGCUCCUCCUCGGUCCUGAAGCCGGUUAUCGACAAGUAUGGAGAUAUAGCAGCCAACUGCCACCUCAAGUCGGCUGCGAUGCGCUCUUACUUUUUAGAGACCAUCUGCUCCGUGAUUCAAGAGCUGCAGCGCACCGAGAUCUCGAAGCUAAGCAAGUCGAGAAUCAAAGAGAUGCAGGCCAUCUUGAGGGAUGUGGAAGCUGCGGGGAUCGAUGUGGGCUGGCUCCGCAGCGUGCUCGAUGAGAUUACCGAAAUGCUCGAGCUCAAAAAGCAGUGCCGUGAAAUCGAGAUCGUGAAGAGAAACCGUGACUUAGACAUAGGAUCAACCAGGCAAGAGCUGGAACUUCAAUUGGAAGAUUUGGCUGAGAAGGAGAAGGCACUGGAAGCUGCCAAGGCACAAGUCGCCGAAACCAGAGCCCGGCUGAGCGAGUUCGAGCAAGAAUCAUCUAAAUUGCAGGAAACAAUGCUUUCCAUCCAGUCUAAGGCCGAGCACGACUACAAAUCGUCGGUAGCCCAAAUCUUGUAAGUUAGUUACUGGGAACUGCUUUGAGGGCAUCUUCAUGUACCUUAGGUGUGUCCAAUUUGCUAGUUGUUGAAGCAUUUACUUACUGUAAAUGUUGACAUUUGAGUCAUAUAGUCUCUAGGUGAAUUUCCCAGGUUCCUCCCAGCUGCUGAACUUGGAAAUGGGUGAAUCUAUGUACCAAAAAAGUCUUUGCUUAGCGCUUGCAUAGGGUGCUUCGUACGUAAAGUUCUCUUCUGAAUUCCUAGUCAACCGAAAAUUACUCGAGUGUUUCGUGACCAAGCGCACUGCUAAAUUUCAAUUGUCAUAUCGUUCUAGAA